AUGGCAGCUUCGCAGGGCUGUACGCCCAUCACCGUCCACGGUCGCCAAUUCAAGCAGGGCGACGCCCGCUUCGUCGUGCGCGGCGUCGUCUAUCAGGUGGCGAAUAAAGACGAUCCCAUCGCCGACGAUUGUCUCUCAGGCCUACAAGAGGAUAUCAAGCUCUUCAUCGAGCUAGGACUGAACACCAUUUAUGUUUAUACGAUCGAUCCGAACAAAGCACACGGCCGCGCUAUGAAGUUGUUAGAAGACGCAGGUAUUUACGUUGUCGCCGGCAUAAAAACACCCAAAUACUGCAUUAAUCGCUUGCCGCCUCUGUCCUCAUACACAUCCGAGCAUCUGCAGCACUGGUUCAGCGUCAUCGACACCAUGGCAGUGUUCAACAACACGCUAGGUCUCUUCAGCGGCAAUUCUGUCAUCAAUAGCAACCAGAACAAGAACGGCAAGUCAACUCUUACCGGCGCCUCUGCACCUGUUCUCAAAGCAGUGGCGAGAGAUCUGAAACGCUAUAUGGCGCUCAAGCAUAGCAAGACUGGUUUGAGGGUUCUACCGCUUGGAUAUGCUGCGAGCAUGAUGCCGGAGAAUACCACGGUAUUGCGAUACCUAGCUUCAGGCUCGGUGGCUGAACGACUGGACUUUUGGGCAUGCUGUAAUUACUCCUGGAUAUCGCCGUCCUCUCUCGAGGCUUCAGAGUACGGAGCGAUGAUCGAACAGUACAGUCGGAGAGAUGUCCCAAAUACUCCAGUUUUCUUCUCGGAAUAUGGUGGCCGGCAUCAGGGACAGGCCCGACCGUUCGACGAUACCACGGCGAUCUACUCUCCGCCCAUGCUUUAUCGCUUCUCCGGCGGCUGCGUGUACGAGUUCUUCCAGUCAGUCAAUGAAUAUGGACUUGUUGAAUUCUGCUCAUCCGAACAUGUUGCCACCGAGGCCCUCCGUCGCGCAACGGAAGAACGGCGAAAAGACGUCGUCGAGACUCGUUCGAGAACUGGUGGCGAGAUCAUGGUGUACCGAGAUUUCGUGAACUUGAUGGAGAGGCUAGCGGCAGCCGCGCAGGAUGUCGCUGAUGCUCCCGCUGUAGGGGAAGUAGGUGAGCUGGGCAGUACGUCAGUUGCCGGAGCGUCUGAUCCUCCGACAGCCCAUACAGCCUGGCCUUGGGAGCCUGAGCACGCCGAGCCGAAAAGCUGCGUCGACUGGGCUGCUGUCGAGGAAUCCAUAGGCGGUCUGGCAGAUGGUUAG